AUUUUUUUGAUCCAACAUUUGACUACGAAAUGAUCUUCAGAGGCACUGGGGCACUCAUUUUUGUGGUUGACUCUCAGGAUGAUUAUAUGGAGGCCUUGGCCAGAUUGCAUCUCACGGUGUCCAGAGCCUACAAAGUGAACCAGGAUAUCAAUUUUGAAGUAUUUAUUCAUAAAGUCGAUGGUUUAUCUGAUGAUCACAAGAUAGAAACACAAAGAGAUAUUCAUCAACGUGCAAAUGAUGACCUUGCAGAUGCUAGCUUGGAAAAAAUUCAUCUCAGUUUCUAUUUGACCAGUAUAUAUGAUCAUUCAAUAUUUGAAGCAUUUAGCAAGGUGGUACAGAAAUUAAUUCCUCAGCUUCCAACUUUAGAGAACCUACUAAACAUCUUCAUCUCAAAUUCUGGAAUUGAGAAAGCCUUUCUCUUUGAUGUAGUUAGCAAGAUCUACAUUGCAACGGACAGCAUGCCGGUCGACAUGCAAACUUACGAGCUUUGCUGUGACAUGAUUGACGUUGUAAUUGACAUAUCCUGCAUAUACGGACUCAGAGAAUUUGGUGGUGGGAGUGCCUAUGAUAAGGAAUCGGUGGCAAUCAUAAAACUCAACAACACCACUGUUCUGUACCUGAAAGAGGUGACCAAGUUCCUUGGCCUAGUUUGUUUUCUUAGAGAAGAAAGUUUUGAGCGCAAAGGCUUGAUAGACUACAACUUUCACUGUUUUCGCAAAGCUAUUCACGAGGUCUUUGAGGAGCAAGUACCAAACAAGCUUGUAAGUGUGAAAGGAGCAAAAAAAAUGAAAUUGAAGAAGUUUACACACUGAAGCACUGGAAAGUCCAUUAGCUGGAGAUCCUGUUUUGUAUUGUAUAAAUUGUAGUUUGAUCAUAGUCUUUAGAUCUCUAAUUGGUUUGUGAACUCCCAGCUUCACAACCUGAAUAGUUUUAUGUUAGGAAUAAAGCAUGCUGUGAGAAAAGACCAUUUGGUCGAUAAGAACUUUCCUUCCGUACACCAUGUGUGACUAUAUCCAACUCAUUUCAACUCCUGUGUAAAGGUUCGGCAGUAUUUCUCCCGGCCUCCCGAAAGUUAAUUCAUCAAAAGUCCACAAACCAUAUCUAACCUAGUAUCCAUACAUUAUUCAUUCCUGAGAAAUUGCAUUCCUUAGCAUAGGAGUUUCAUGCCCCCAGCAUUGCAGGAAUUAUUAUGUUUCAUAUUCAAAGAUUUGUCCAGCUCAUUUUUCUCCGUGUGUAAAAUAUUUUUCUUUGUACCCCAAGACAGAUAAAGUUUUUAACAUGCUCAAGUUUUGUUUGCGGCAGAAAUCAGCUGUGUACCCUGAGAUUCUGGUCCAAAUUAUAAUCAGCAUAUGUUUUUCUGCACCAAAAUAUUUAGUGACAAAUAUUAACAUUACUCUAUAACUUAAAAGAUAAAAACUCAAUAAAGUUUGAUGCUGUAUGAAUUACAUACUGCUUUUAUAAAGUGUUAUGUUUUUAAAUGAAAUCAAAGUACCAGGUUGAUCUUUGUGACAGGACAAAUUUGGAAGAUUCUCAAGUUGCUACAUGGACCAAAAUGUUAUGACUGUAUACUGUUAAUUAGCAUCUGGAAGAGAUAGAUUAACGUUAUGGGUGUGAACCUUCAUCAGGACUGCUGCUAGUACUAUUGAAUGUCACAUUGCUUCAAAGUAGCUAGAGUUGUAUAUUACUGCAGUUCAGUUAUUUUUUUAAAUAACAAGGACAAGGCAAUUGAGAGGAUAAGACCUACAUAAAAAAUGGAGGUUUAAAAUUCCAUACAAAAAGAUCCACUUAAUAGGUCAUCAGAAACAAAGUUUCUUUUUUAAAAAAAAGUACCAAAUGGAUUGACUCUCAAACAGCUAACUCUAAGAAAAAUCACAAGAUUGGUUCAGAACCAAAACAGCAACCUGACUAUCCUUCCACAACAGCAUGAAAUGUUUCCUGAGUGCUGGACUCAACCACCCUUCUUGGCAACCUGUUCCAGUCAUUAUUGGUGUAUGUCCUAAAGUCCACAGCUCUAAACCUAUGUCCAAUUUUCCUACUGUCUUGGUGCAUUCCAAAAGCAAUAAUAUAAUUUGUAUCCAGCAUUUACAUUAUUUCACUUAAUUUAAAAGGAAAUUCAUGUGGCACAACUCUGGGGAGAAAUAAAGGGCACUACUUUGGGUACCAGAUCUAGCACUAAGUGUUUGAUUAAAGUGGUGCUGAAUUAAUUCUUGCAUUUGAUAUAGUGCCUUACCACACUAUCAUCUGAGAUGCCUCAGUGCUUCAUGGAAUUUUUCUGUGAAAUACAAUCGUUGUAUUUUUAGGUGAACAAGGCAAUGUCCCACUAAAGCCAUGAAGAAAUGUAAACAUUGUCUUCCUUGGAGAAAAGGAAAUUAAAAGUUGGCGUAACAUCUCUUUACUGUUCUAGUGAAUU